CACACAGACAUGCACACACUGAAAGCUGGAGGGGUAUUUAAAACUUUUUGAGAUAUAUCACAGAGUCUGUCAUCCCGAAAAUUGGGCAUUUAUCGCUCGACCAUUUACUACACUGAUAGACGAUUUUUGCGCUGGUCCUUUAUCAUAUCUGCCGAAGUACCGUGAACUCCCUAAGAAAGUUUUCUUGAGCAUUACCGGAGAUUCGCUGGGGCAGUGAGGUUACCUCAUUCUGGAACACAUGGUGAGCUCCGUUUGGUAGUGGUCGGCUGAGUUUUCCUCGAUGGACCAGACAAGCUCAGUCUCUUAUGAGUGUCUUUGGACCAUGCGAGAAGAUACCUCACUGCUUUUGUUUCUACCACGUCUGGCUUCAGGGAAGUGUUCUCUUCCAGCCAUGUGGCCAACGGCACACAUACGCCCCUUCAGCAUCUUUAUUUUGACCCUCUGCAGCUUGGCCUCAGCAGGUCCAUUGUCUCGGAGCCCUUGUGAACUGCUGCCAGUUGGGGUGGGUCACCCAGUUCAGGCCAUGCUAAAGAGUUUCACUGCCAUGUCAGGCUGUGCUAGUCGAGGAACUACCAGCCUCUCUCAGGAAGUACACGUCAUCAACCUACGAAGGAGUCAUGCACGAGGAGAUGGAGAGGAACCAGCAGAGGUGGCGUUACAUCUGCGGCCCAUUCAGUCACUGCUUGUGCAUCAGAAACCGCUGGUCUUUGUCCUGAACUCCCCUCAGCCCGUGCUCUGGAAGCUACGGACGGAGAACCUGGUCCCAGGAGUCAAACGCAUUUUCCAUGUUGCAGAUGGUUCUGACGUGGAGUUUGAGGCAGGAAAUUUCUCCCAGUCUUGUGAAGUGAAGGUGGAAAAUCUUCCUCACGGCAAUGAUCACCUGCUCUCCUGGGCACGUCAACGCUACCAUGCUGUUACCUCAUUCAGUGAACUCAAGAUGGCCCAUGAUGUCUUCAUCAAGGUUGGAGAGGAUCCCGUCUUCUCAGAGACCUGUAAGAUUGAUAACAAGUUCCUAUCUUUGAACUACCUGGCCAGCUACAUUCAACCUCAGCCAUCUACAGGGUGUGUUCUUUCAGGUCCUGAUCAUGACCAGGAGGUCCACAUCAUUGAGCUUCAGGCACCAAACUCCAGCAGUGCAUUCCAGGUGGAUGUUUUCGUGGAUUUAAGACCGCUGGAUGGUGGCGCUCCUCUCCAUCGUGACGUUGUGCUGCUUCUGAAAUGUGAGAAGUCUGUGAAUUGGGUGAUCAAAGCCCACAGCGUCAUCGGCAAACUGAACAUUGUGACUUCAGACACUGUCCGUCUGACUGAAGCCACUGAAAGGCUAAUGCAGGUGUCAAAGACAGUGAAGCAGCAGCUGCCUGCAGGACCUCAGGCUCUGAUCCUGUGGGCAGAGGAGAACGGAUUCAAACCCGUGACUUCCUACACCAACACCCCCGUCGCCAACCACUUCAACAUGCGCCUCAGAGAACAAGAUCUAGGGAUUAUGGAUGAUGGCAUGUUCCCACCAGAACUGUCUAUUCUCCGCAAUGCUGACUCACUUCCUAAACCCAGCACCCAGGACUCCCCUGUGUGGACGGGGCUGCCCUUCCCUUUCCUGCCCUCCCUGGAGAAAGGUCUGCCAUUCCCACCUCUAUUACCAUCUCUGGAGGAGCGAGUGUAUCCGGUUGGGGCUCCUGAGGAGCAGCAGGGUGCUCAGAGCAUAGGAUUCAAUGUGCAGUGUGAGAAGAAUAAGAUGGUGGUCAGCAUUGACAAGGAAACACUACAGGCAAAUGGGUUUGGUAAAGUCAAUAUCACUCUUCAGGACUCCCAAUGUAAAGCAACCUCCAACACCACCCACUAUAUACUGGAGACUCCCCUGUCUGGUUGCCAAACCACUAAAUACCCCUCCCACCCCAGCCCGGUGGUCUUCUAUAUCAAUUCAAUUGUUAUUAGCCAAUCAGAACAACGGGAUGGGAGUGGCUGGCCUGUUGAAUAUGAAGAUCUGGAGUUAGGAGAUGUAUUCCCAGGAGACACGGAGGUGACAGCAAGAAUUUUACCAGAGAGCGGACAUCACACCACUAUCUUGUUCAACUGCACAUACAGUAAGAACCAGGAGACCCCAGCUGAUUUUGGACCUGAUGAUAUCGCUGAAGACUCUGUGGACAAUGUAACCUUGAAUAUGGAGCUGUAUAACAAUCCCUUCCACUACCCCAGCAUACAGUCAUUCCUCACCAUCACUGAGAACAGGCCCAUCUAUGUGGAGAUAUCAGCCACUAAAGCAGACCCAAACCUUGGCUUCAUGAUCCACACCUGCUUCAUCUCUCCAGACUCCAAUCCUCUCGUGCCAUCAGAAUAUGUCGUCAUCGAGAACAUCUGUCCCAAAGACGACUCUGUGUUGUAUUACCCUAACAGAGACGACUUCCCCAUCCCUCAUGCUCAGACGGACCGAAAACGCUUCAGUUUCACCUACAGGUCAAAGUUCAACGUGUCAUUGCUCUUCCUGCACUGUGAGAUGUCCCUCUGCUCCAGGAGAAAUGACAAGCAGAUAAACCUGCCAGAGUGUAUGUUACCGGAUGAAGCCUGCACUUCCCUCAGUUUAGAAAACAUCCUCCUCAUGAUGAUGAACACUAAGACCUUCACGAAACCAAUGGUGGUCAUCUCUGACAACACACCUGUGGAACCCAAUCCAGGGCAUCAAGACAUCAUCUAUGUCUUGGAGACUCCGACAGUGGUGGGCAUUGCUUUUGCUGCCUUUGUGAUAGGAGCCCUGCUGACUGGAGCUCUAUGGUUCAUCUAUUCACAUACAGAUGUGAUGAACAGCAUGUAUUCCUCCAGGCAUGCUGAAAGCCUCACCUUCCUCUCCAUGAAUCUCCCUCUUCAGGUGACACAGCAGCAAGGCAGCAGGUACUAAAGUCCCAGCCAGUGUCUGAGAACAGCAGUGCGGCUCACAGCAUCGGCAGCACACAGAGCACACCGUGUUCAAGCAGCAGUAACGCAUAGAGUCCAGAGCCCAGCUAAGAGACACCUGCUGCUUCUGUUGCCAUUUCUCUUUGUACAUUUGUGGAAGAAUGUGUGAUUUAGUAACAAUGUGACACAGAGAGAACACCUGGCCAUUAUUAGAUUCUUUAUUUGACAAUCAACAGAAUUAUUGCACAAUGCCGAAAAACAGAACCUACUGAAAUAAGCUUCAUUUUGGGCUGAUGGAAGUUACAAAAUAGAAAUACCUGCCAGUUCUUAAAUGCUGCUUUAACCCUUACAAGAGAGUGUUGUUUUGGGCUUAUAUGGUUGAGAUCAGAGUGAAAAUAACAAAGGCUGUUUACACCAGUCAUUAAGGCCUAGAGGCCAUCUAGAGGAACAGCCUGUUUUGUAAUAAGUCUGGUGCUCAGUGUGGUUUUGCAAAGGUUCUGUCUCUGCACGUAAAUAAAGAUCAGUACCUUACCGACUCAAGCAUCCACAUAUCAGAGAUUUGAAAAGAGAUAUCAAUGAUAAAAUAGGCCUAUUACAUUUCUACACAGGUCAGUUUGUCAAUACCUGAGUUCCAAUUGCCAAUAUUCCCUUCUAUAUUAUAUUAUAGUAUAUAUAUAUAUAUAUAUAUAUAUAUACACUAUAAUAUAGAAGGGAAUAUUGACAAUAUUCAAUAUAUGUAUACAUAUAUAUAUAUAUUCAAUACACUAUAAAUAUCUAACUUACAGUUAUUGGUGUCAAGCCUUAGAGGCAUUUUCAAUUGACAGUUUUAGACAUGUUUUAAAAUAAUGUAUAUUUCUGUGAAUAUUGUAUAAAAUAUAUAGAGAUUGUUGAAAGUUGAAAUAACACCAUACAGAGCUUUAAGUUAUGGCAAAUAUUUAUCAAAAGUUUAUAUACGGUUAUAAGAUACUAUUACAAUUAUAAAUUUAAUCAUAAAACAGUUCAUAUGCAUGGAUUUAUACAUGCACAUGAAUUGUCUGAUGUACAUGUACAGGAUCUCUGUCAGAACUGGCCAGUGCAGUUAAAAUCUAAAAGAAAAGAAAAUUCUAGUUUUAGAUUGCAUUUAAGUUAUUCAGAAUCUAAUGUUAACACUUUUCCACACCAAUUUGGACCCAGAAAUAAAUCAUUAGCCACUAUUAGAGUUUUAGUAACUUUGAAGUUUCAAAAAAUUACAAUUUUAUGAAUCAAAAAUGGACAUUUAUUGUAUAUUUUAUUGAAUGUGACUUUUAUAUGCUGGGCAUUAUUAUUUAUCAUUAAUAUCAAAAGUAGUGAUUUCAGCAAACAGCAGACUGUUAUAUUUUGAUAUUAUGCAUUGUCAGUGUGAAAUUAUGAAAUCAAAAUGAUUAUUUGUUCAGAAUGGUAACAGUCUCAAUCUAUGGCCUAGUCAAAAAAGAUGUAUAUAAUCUAAAGCCAAAGAAUGGGCAUUUACAGUAUUUUUGUGUUGUUUAGUGUUACAGUAACCCCCAUGUAUACAAUUUUUAUCUAGGUACUAACCUACCACCAAAGGUAAAACAAAAUCAACAAUUCUCCGAAAAGUUUCUGCUGUGUAUGUGACAUUAACAUUGUGGAAUUUGUAUGAAACAUGUUUAGGGAUACACUUUAAAAGUGCUAGAAAAUGCGUGAAUGCAAAACCAGAAUAAUCCCACCGUCAACAAUUUACAUGAAUGUCAUAACAUUUUAAGCGCCUUGACUUUGAGUAUAUGCAUAGUUUAUUUCAGAGAUAAAAAUGAGGCAAGAAGGGAACUGGUGGUGUUUGCUUUGCUUUAGGCACAGUGUGUUCUUUAUAUCCACUGAUAUGAAAAUCCUGUGCUUCUUUGUUUUUUGUAUCACUUGUUGUGUUUGUUUGCUGCAAAUUAUACCAAUAGAAUGUACUUAAUUUCAAAUCUUAAUUUCAGUGUUUAAUGUAAACUUGUAUAAAUGUCUCCUGUAAGAGGAAAGAGAGUAAGAAUUUAUACAUUUAUUUGUCUCUAAAGUUAUAUUUUACCAGAGAUAUAUACAUAGAGCCAUGCUAUAAUUCUAUCUGCAUACUGUGAAUUUUUGUGGGGAUAUUUCUAUAAACUGUUAUGUGUUUUCUCUAAAUCUAAGCAUAGUCCAUAGUGCUGAAGUGAACUGCAUUCCUGCCUUCACCUAUGAUAUUUUUCUCUUAUUACCUUAAAAAAAGCUAAGAAAAUAAGAUAUUUUAUUAUAGAUAUUAUAUACUUUUAUAAGUAUCUUUUAUAUGAGAACAUUGUAUUAUUUGAAAUAUAAAAUAUAUUUUGAUGAUGCAAAUGUUUUGGCAACAUUUCCAUUCAAAAACAUUAUUAAUGCAAUGUUUGAUUUUAAAAAUGUGUUAGCAUAUGUUGAAAUUAACAUGAACUAAGAUUAAUAAAUGCUGUAAAAGUAUUGGUCAUUGUUAGUCCAUGUUAACUAAAGUUGUUUACUAAUGUUAACAAAUGGAACCUUAUUGUAAAGUGUUUUUAAUCUCUCUUAAGCUCUUCAUUGUUGACGUGUCUGUGUUUGUGGGUAUACUGAAAGCUCUGUGUGUGUGUCCAUGUUUGUGGGUUUUAAAUGAAUGAGUAUAUGCAUAGUCCUGUAAAACAGAUUGUUUCACCUGGGAAUGUUUAAAACAAUCCUGCCAUUUGUAACGGAGAGUAUGAAACUCUGAUAUGUGGGAAUCAAUAGUCAUUUAAUGGCUGGAGAGGUAACACAGGCCUUGUAGAAGCCAAUAAUGUAAUAACUACCGUUAAUGUAAUAACUGCCAAUAAAGUAAUAGAUUUUCCAUUCUUAAUGUAAUAAAAGUCAAUAAUGUAAUAACUUACCAAUAAUGUAAUAACAUUUCUGAACCAAUAACGUAAUAAUUUUUUGCCCAUAAUGUAAUAAGUUCUUACAUUAUUGGCUUUCUAUUACAUUAUUGGCUGGGUAAAUAAAAAAAUAAUAAAAAAUGUAUUACAUUUUUUACAUUCAUACAUUGGCAGUUAUUACAUUAACGGUAGUUAUUACAUUAUUGGCUGUUACAGGCCUUAUUGGUUUUUAUCUAGAAUAGAUAUGGCAAAAGGACUUUCUCGCAUUCCAAUACACACUCUGUCUGAUGAUAAACUCUGUUUGUAAACUUAUAUUUGGGUUCAUACUUAAACUUCAAACUAAAGUUUAUAGUGCUGUGGUCGACAGCAGUUUUCCUGAAUUUUAAAUGGUGAAAUUAAUUUUGCAGUUGUCUUUCUGUUUGUGGAUGUUUGUUAUUUUUCAUGCUAUCUACCUCAUUUGUGUGUGUGUGCAUGUGUGUGUUGUCUGUGUAAAAAGCUUCAUUGCCUUGUCAUCAAGAAUAUUUUACUGUACAUAAUUUGUAGAACUCGAUGUUACAUCAGAUAUAUCACAAACACUAUUUCCUUCUAGAUUUGACAGUUCAUUUCACUCUCCGACAGAUGAGGAAAAACUGAAAGAUGUAAAUGUGAACCCAUCAGAAUUGGACUUCUUCAAAAGUUGUUGUUUUUUUUUUCAGUGGUAUGUGAAACAUUUUAGUGUUUGUAAAUAUAUCAUGCUGUAAAUAUGCAUGCUAUAUGUAUGCUUUGUAUAUACCAAAAUAAAUUCUUGUAAUCUUU